GUGUCCACCUGGCCGAGCUCGCCAUUGUGCCUCCAGUGUCGCCAUGCCUCCUUCAGCCCUCUCAAAGCUGCAGUCAGCUGUGACGCAGGUGAAGCAGGUCAACGUGCUGAAGUCAACACAAGUGGAGGACUCUCCAGCCAUCAAGGUAUGUGUUCGAGUCAGACCGUUCAUCAAAGAGGAGGUCGAGGGGCAACGUUCAGGCGGAGAAUGUAAGCUUUGCAUCGACAUGCCGUCUGAGACCCAGGUGCGCAUCCUGAACUUUGAUGACCCGGAUGAUGACUCGCGGGCCUUUGAAUUUGAUCGUUGCUAUUGGUCGCACAGCAAAGAUCAUCCGUUCUUUGCCACACAGGAGACCUUGCAAACCGAAUUGGGGGAGAUUAUGCUGGAACAUGCCAUGAAUGGUUUCAACAACUGCAUUUUUGCGUAUGGGCAAACGGGCAGUGGGAAGUCAUACAGUGUGCUUGGUGGCAAGGACGAGGAGCGAGGGCUUCUUCCACGAGUGGUAGAGGGGCUCUUCGAUCACUUUGCAAAGCUGCCACAGGGUGCCACUUACAAGACGCUUGUUGCCUUCAUGGAAAUCUACAAUGAGCAAAUCCGAGACUUGCUGGCACCGGCAGACUCCGAGAUCAAGAAGUUAGAAGUGAAGCAACAUCCAGUUCUUGGCACCAUCAUCCCAGGUCUCACAGAAGCCGCUGUAGCUUCCUGCGAAGAAGUCUUGAACCUGGUGGACUACGGCACCCAGAUGAGGCACGUUUCAGCCACAGCAAUGAAUGCCACCAGUAGUCGAAGUCACUGCAUCUUCACCUUUAAGACGUCACUCACAGAGCCGGAUCAGCCAUCCAAGGUCUCUCAGACGCACCUGGUGGACCUGGCGGGCUCCGAGCGGGCCGGCCGCACCAAAGCCACGGGAGAUCGGCUGAAGGAGGGUGCAGCCAUCAAUCAAUCAUUGUCGACACUUGCAAGGGUGAUCUCAGAGCUUGCGAAGUCUGCCAAGACGAAGAAGAAGCCGAAUCCUCCGUUCCGAGAAUCCAAGCUGACCUACAUCCUCAAAGAGUCUUUGUGCGGCAAUUCCAAGACCGUGAUGAUGGCUGCCAUUUCGCCCAACUUCACAGAUUAUGAUGAGACCCUUUCUACCUUGAAGUUUUCGCAGUCAGUCAAGCAAGUGCAGACCAAGGCUGUGCAGAAUGCGGUGAACAUGUCCUCAGUGGAGGCGCAGCUUCGAGCCGAGUUAAACGCACUGAAGUCACAGCUCCAGGCAAUUCAGGAUCCUCAGGCAUCUGAUGAGCUAAGCUUUCUCAAGAGGCGAUUGGAAGAGCAAGAACAACUUUGCGCGUACUACGGAAAGGAUUGGGAUAGCCUUUUGGCGGAGGAGCGCAGUCGUAUGGAUGUGAGGAGAACAUCCCUGCAUCCUUCGGCCCUCCAUCCUGCUGCCCAGCUUCGUACUCUGGAGAAGAAGAAGAUCAAGGAGUCUUUGAGCUCUGAUGAAGAUAUGGAGGAGGAUGAUGAUGUGGAGUCAUUCACCUGCUCAUUGUUAAUGCUUGGCAAGCCAAUUGAUGAAGCUCCACCAGAGGGGAGAUCGUCCUUCGUAGCCCCGAUCCGAAGCUCCCUGGCCGUGGUAGGCCCGAUGGCACAAAAGCUCUUGUCACAGGGCCAGAAGAUGCAAUCCGAGCUUUUGAACAGGCGGCUGGAGGAGCUGGCUGCUGCAGCGGCAGAGGCCAUGGGACUCCUGAAUGGCGCGGCGAGAUCUGAAGGUCUGCUGUCCUUGAAGGUGCUGGUGGUGGCAGACCCUCGUGACGAUCAGACCUUCGAGGCCGGCUUGGUGGUGCAAGCGUCUGCUGAAUCCUCUUUGCCAUCCUCAUGGGCCUGGCCACGACAAGAGACGGGCGAGGAUGCAGGAAAAGUGCAGACUCAAAGUAUUGAUUGGUGUUCUGGGAACGAGCUCAAAAAGAGACUAGCUUGGCUCAAGCAAAACAGGUCAGAGGUCAGCAGCAAAAGUCCUGCUGAUGCCUGGAUGAUCUCGGCACAUGCCACAUCCGGCAACCAGCAGAUGCAGCAGCUGCAGCGCCAGAAUGCUGAACUGGAGAGAAGGCUUGCGGAGAUGGAGUCCAGGUUGAAGGCUGGGGAAGGAGGUGACUCAAAAGCCCACAGUGUGAACAAGGAGAAUGACCCUGCAAACCUUCGUCAGCAGAGAGCGCGGGAAGCUGCCAAAGCAAUUUCUGCCAGCUUUGAGACUGCAAUUGGAGCACUUGAUGCUGCACAAGUGGCACUCCAAAAGGUGGAAAAGCGCUGACGGACGCGACGAACUCACCAGGUCUCCUGGAUGCGAUGAAGGGAGCCUGCCAGCGAUGAGUUAAUGCAAUGGCCUGCCCUGGGCAGUGCAGCUGUCCUUGUCCUAUGGCCAGCUCGUUGAGGCCGGCCCAUCAAGGGGUCAAGCUUCAUCGAACUUCUCAAAUACCCCAUCAGAACUCUUAUAAACAAC